AUGCACUGUUAUCGAGUUGGAAGAUUUGCCAUCUGUUGGACUUUGAUUUCUACAUAUGUAGCCAUGCUGGCAUUCAGGGGACCAGCUGGCCUACUUCAUUAUCAUGUUCUAUGGGACGAGAUCAAAUUUACCACUGAUGAGUUGGAAACUCUUACAAACAACUUGUGCUACACGUAUGCUGGGUGCACCCGCCCUGUAUCGAUCGGUAAACUCCCCAUGUGA